AUGUCAGGCAACACCCUUAGAGGAACGCCCAAUCGCGGCCAGGCUCGUGGAGGCAUCCCCUUCAACAACAGCCCCUCCGGCUCUGCCGCUCCUCAUGGGAGCCAUGCCGCCGCUGCCCAGCAUCCCGCCUCCUCUGGCAUCCCGCGCCCCGUCCUCGAUACCCAGCCUACCCAGAGCGAAGUCAGUGGAGCGGGCGUCAGUGCCAGUCGUCAAAAGCAGUCCAAGAGAGAUGAGGUUAACACACUCCUGCCCUGCCUGCUCCUGCACCGCCGUUCCGUUCCUCUCUCCAUGUCCGUCAUUGUCGAGCCUCGCUCCGCCCCCUCGCCUCGACCUUCCCGGACAGGCGCACAACGGAGAGAGAGAGACGCAAUGGGAAACCUCACCUACCAGGAGCUCGAGCGAGCCAGGCUGCUAAACAGAAUGGAUACUGACUACUACGUCAAGGCCAUCCGCAAGAAGAUGGAGAGCGAUCUCUCCAAGAAGAAGCACCUCACGAGCCGAGCCCGCCACUCGCGCAAGGCCCCGCCCGGCACCGUCCUCGCCCUGAAGCCGAGUCCUGCCCUCCAGAUCAAGCCCGCAACCACCGUCGCCGAGGCCGCCCAGUUGAUGGCCGCGAAGCGCGAGGACUGCGUGCUCGUCACCGACGAUGACGACCGCAUCGCCGGUAUCUUCACCGCCAAGGAUCUCGCCUUCCGCGUCGUUGGCGCUGGCCAGAAGCCGAACCACAUCACCAUCGCCGAGAUCAUGACCAAGAACCCCCUCUGCGCCCGCACCGAUACCAGCGCCACCGACGCCCUCGACCUCAUGGUCCGCAAGGGUUUCCGUCACUUGCCCGUCAUGGACGAGAACCAGGACAUCUCGGGUAUCCUCGACAUCACAAAGUGCUUCUACGAUGCCAUGGAGAAGCUGGAGCGCGCCUACUCCUCCUCGAGAAGGUUGUACGACGCCCUCGAGGGUGUCCAGUCCGAACUGGGCACCAGCCAGCCCCAGCAGAUCAUCCAGUACGUCGAGGCUCUCCGCCACAAGAUGUCUGGCCCGACCCUCGAGUCUGUCCUCGAUGGACGUCCCCCGACCACCGUCAGCGUGCGCACCUCGGUCAAGGAGGCUGCUCAGCAGAUGAAGGAGAACCGCACGACGGCCGUCCUCGUCCAGGAUCAGGGAGCUAUUACCGGUAUCUUCACCAGCAAGGACGUUGUCCUUCGUGUCAUUGCCCCCGGCCUCGACCCCGCCACCUGCAGUGUCGUCCGUGUCAUGACGCCGCACCCCGACUUUGCUCCCAUGGACAUGAGCAUCCAGGCUGCUCUGCGCAAGAUGCACGACGGCCACUACCUUAACCUCCCCGUCAUGACCUCCGACGGCGGCGAGAUCGUCGGCAUGGUCGAUGUCCUCAAGCUGACAUAUGCGACACUUGAGCAAAUCAACACCAUGUCCACCGCCGACAGCGAAGGACCCGCAUGGAACAAGUUCUGGCUUUCGCUCGACGACGGCACGGAAUCCAUGAUGUCCGGCGAGGGUAGCCACACCCACCACACGAACCUCGGUUCUCGCAUCAUGUCUCCCGACCUCACCCGCGAGCGUAUCGGCGACAGCGUUGCUCCCGGCGACUCGGCGUCGCACGUCGGCGUUGAUUCCCCGCCUCAGUCCGAAAUGACCGGCCACAGCCCGGUUCACCAGUCUCCCGCUGAGCUGCCUUUCCCUUUCAAGUUCAAGGCCCCGUCCGGACGUGUGCACCGCCUGCAGGUCAUUGCUUCCCAGGGCAUCGGCGCCAUGGUGACCAAUGUCAUUUCUAAGCUCGGACAUGAGGUGGAUGCCAUUGGCGGAGCCCCCGACAUUGAUGAGGGCAGGAUUUCUGGCGGUUUUGCGCUCAGCUACCUCGACGACGAGGGCGACGAGGUUUCCAUCACAACAGACAACGACCUUCUCGAGUCUAUUCUCCUCGCCCGCCAGGGCCGCAGGGAAAAGGUCGACUUGUUCGUGCACGAUCCCGAGAAGCCUCCCGUUGGUGCUGGCCUGACUGUCGAGCCCAUUGCCCUCCCGACGCCCCCCAUCUCCGCCACGCCCGACCUGCGCCACAGGAGGAGAUACGACGACGAGGACGACGAUGCGGAGGAUGAGGAUGAUGACAUUCCUCGCUCGAGGAGAUCGCGCCGCCAUAGGGCCGCCGCGCACGAGCCUGAGCAGGUCAUCCAGGGCGUGCCCAACGAGCUGCUGCUCCCCGGUGCGAUUGUGACGUUGGCGGUUGUUAUUGUCGGAGUCUUCACCAUUUCGCGCAUUACCAGUAGGUAA